AUGGAAACGCCAGAUGUUAAGCCAAAUUUCUUCGUCCAUGAUGCUACUCCCUAUCAAGCCGCAGCUGCUAGCAUGUACGCAACCCAACCGGUGGAGAAAAGACAACGGACACCAGACCGCGAGCAGGAUACUUCUUCCAAGCGCCAGAAAAUCGAAAAUCCAUCUGAACACGCGGACUUCGAUCUUGAGGCCCUACUCGCGCAAGCAACCGCUGGUGCUACCUUACCAUCCGCGAGCAGAAAUGAUCACCAUGUUCCGAAGCCUCCGUCGCCAAUUCCUCAGCGUCGAGAAAGUAUCCCUACACCAGCGGAAAGUACACCAUAUGAUCCGAGUCUAUACAUGUGGGUAUUGAGUCUGCCAUUAUUAGAAAACUUGUCGAUCCAGCUUCUGUCGAUACUGGCACAAACCCCAUACUCCGAGACCAUCAAUAAUAUAAGCACAAUCGAAUCAGACCAUGGGCAGGCUUUUGCGACACUAAAGUCCCUUUUCAGCAAGACGAAAGAAAUAUAUUCGAAGGAAAACGUCUUCCUGUCCGCGGACGAGCUUGGCUUUACCGAUGUCAAGCAGAGGUCAAUCAUUCGAAACACAAAUAUGGCAACUUUCGUUGCUGGGGUUUUUGGUGGGCAAGAUGUUGGAUUUUAUGAGCUCAACCAUUGGUUUCUCAACACUUUUACCCCAGAAAACGAGACGAUGGACGCAAACGCCUGUAAUUUAUGCACCAAUUUGAAAACACAGAUGUACUUGUCAGCGCUCGGAGAAGAAGACAAUGAGAAGACUAAGGAGGAGAUACUGGAGGAUCUGUUUCCUUCAGAUUUGAGUUCCAUUUUGUUGGCGCGGCAUCCCGGUGUUCAACUCUCCGACAGCGAGACUAAAUUUGUCUCUGACUGUAGAGCGCGAAAAGAAUAUCUAUUAAGCGUCCCCGCUGACGCAGAUUCUAUACAGACACUUUCCGAACAAUAUCCUUGGGAGGAUUUUCUUAGUGACCUUAGCACGCACAUAAAUCAGCAAUAUGAAGGACUUCUUGGACCAUAUAUGCAAAAGCACGAUCUUCCAACCCCCGUUGGGCCCAUAAAACCAGGGAACAAACCGGUGGAAAGCAUCGAGGGCACUCAAGAUAGCAGCUUAGUAAACAAUUCUUUAAUGGCUUCAGCUGAUCUUGCGGCACAAGAGGCUCUUCUUAGUAUCAGUGCGGGCCAUGUAGCAUCACAGAACGAAGACGUUCAACAACCGCCACAGCAAUCCACAACCCCAAAUCAGUCAUUCCCACCCCAGUAUGGCUCUGGAAACAUUCCUUAUCAUACCCAAAGCGCCCCGACACAGGUUCUUUACAAUCUUGCCCGUCAAGCCGCGGUAGCAAAAUCGAAUCCAGGAAACUCUCGCCAGCCGGGCCCACCUAGUCAGCGGCGGCCCUGGACUACAGAAGAAGAGAAUGCGUUGAUGGCUGGUCUGGAUCGAGUGAAAGGCCCUCAUUGGAGUCAGAUUCUCGCACUUUACGGGGAUAAAGGAACAAUCAACGAUAUUUUGGCCGACAGAAGCCAGGUACAAUUGAAGGAUAAAGCUCGCAACCUAAAACUCUUCUUCCUCAAGAGUAGAAUUGAGGUUCCUUAUUAUCUACAGUCAGUUACUGGAGAGUUAAAGACCAGAGCGCCUAGUCAAGCCGCGCGAAAGGAAGCAGAAGAGAAGGCAGCUAGCGAGAAAUUGGAUGAACAGGCUCAUUUCAACGGUAUGAUGACAUUGGGAGUGGCGGACCAUCACGAUCCUAUUAACCACAACGCUGGCGAAUCACCCGAACAGUUCCACGUGACUGAGCCAGUUGCUCCAAAUCCGCCUCAAGUUUCCGAUGAUGUCAAUCUCGCACAGCAGCUCCUCGCAAGUGAGGGAUGA